AUGACAUCUAUAGUUCAUCAAAAAAACGGAACAGACUUAAACAACUCAAUUUCUUCAUCUACAUUGAAUUCUAAUUCCAAUAUGAUCUUCUACAAGUCUGAGUUUCAUGAGCAGUCUGAAAACAAUGCUCUACCAAACAAACCAGUUCAAGACUGUUUGACUGAUAAUCCUAAACUAAAUAUUUCUAUUAGUAAUGUAGUAACAAACUUCAGUUUAAAAUCACAUUUAAACUUACGAUACUUAGCUCUAAAUGGUCACAAUAUAGAAUACAGACGUGAAAAUGGAAUGUUAACAAUGAAACUACGUAAGCCAAAUGCCACAGCCACUAUUUGGUCUAGUGGGAAGAUUGCUUGUACAGGUUCUACAUCUGAAACACAUGCUAAAAUUGCAUCCAGACGUUUUGCUAGAAUCAUUCAAAAACUUGGUUAUACCAAUGCUAAAUUUAGCAGUUAUAGGAUUGUCAAUGUUCUUGGAUCAUGUUCAUUACCGUUUCCGAUCAAAGUCAUACAGUUUUCGGAAAAGUAUAAAACUAUUGCUCAGUAUGAACCCGAGUUACAUCCUGGUGUUACUUUUAAGAUCAAAGAAUUAAAAGCUACAUUGAAAAUAUUUUCAACAGGCAGUAUCACAGUAACUGCUCCAAGUGUAGGCAAUGUUUACCAGGCAAUCGAGCAAAUUUAUCCCAUGGUAUUUCCAUUUCGUCGCGAGAAAACCGCAGAAGAUGAAAGAGUAAUUCGCAAAUUAAUGACAAAAAAACGUAAUUUCACUGAAAUUGAUGAAAAUGUAUCAAUUUAUAACUCGGCAAACAGUGUAACAAAACGAAAUUGUGAUGGAUUAGCCAUUGGCAUAGUUGAAAACAAUUUAGAAAAUAUUAUCAAACAAAAAUAUGAAAAUGAUCUCUGA